AUUGAAUCAACAACUUUUUUUGCUCUCUAGCAGUUUUAUUAAAAAGUAGUAUUCGUUUAAUUUAAAAUGCCUUUGAUUGAUAUAACUAAUCCGGCAGUGAUAAGAUUUCUUAUUGAAAGCUAUGAGAAAGAAACUUUGUACCGUCUCAAUUGGGUCGAAAAGCAUCGGGAGCGAAUCGAGAAAGCGGCGACUCUCCAGAGAGAACCGACAAAUUACUACGAGACUGAUGUACUCGCUCACAACGCAGCCUCGGGGAUGGCAAUGACUACCAGAGACUUUAUCGCAUCUGGUUAUAAUAGAAUGAAAAUCCGUGAUCCGUAUACAACCGUCCAGAGACUUAGAGAUUUACGCCACGGUCAUUCCAUUGUAGACGUCGGUUUGGGAGAUCCGAAAGAGGAUCCGAGACUCUUAAGGCCAGACGAGGAACUCAAAUCCGAUCCAAUUAUGCGUCCUGUCGAUCCUGAAGUAAACAAAAUCAUAUACAAACCGACACCUGAAUAUGGAAGGAAACUAUAUCUUCAUACACGUGCUAAGGUAUGGCCGGAAAAGAAAUAUUAUUUUCCUGAGUGUUCUAACUGGGAUUAUGGAUGGCGUACGAGAGAUAGUUCUAUGCAUCAGCCGUCAUUUUAUGGGAUAGUUGAGCACAUGACUAGAGCACAGCGCUCCCGAGUAGGACCUCAACCGGACCCUCCGCACUACAAGUCUUCUGAUCUACCAGGUCCUACUAAGUUUGAUAGUAUUUAAAUAAGGGCCUUAUUUUAGAAGAUAGACCUUAUUUUUUUCUUCGAUAUUAUAAUGUACAAUGGCCGCCGAUACAGGUUUGAGAUCUAGAGGACUUAAGCCAAUUUUGCACAUCGCAAAAGAUUUGUGUGCUUUUCUUUGUUUAAGUUAUAUUUAAACAACUGUUAUAAGUUGAGGUUUUUAGUUGUUACUAAUGUCGAUCCUAAGAAGGGUCAGGACUGCGGUCACGAAUGUCGGGCUGCACCUGAAACAAUUCGAGUAGAUUAUUUAUUUUAUGCAUAAUCUGGAUUAAGAAUAUUCAUAUAGGUUUAUGCCUUAAAUUAAUACCAUUUAAAAUAAUGAAUAAGAAGAAAGGGUUAUGUUUGGAAGAUAUGCUGACUGGUAUUGUCAUUUAAUUAUUUUUAUUUAUAAACAAAGAGUUAAGCUCGAGUAUCUCUUGAUCGAAAGAAAAAUUGGGAUUUA